UUGAAGUCAAGCAUGCACAGAAAACUUGAUAAUCCACGGAAUAUAUAUAUAUAGUUAUGCUUAGUGGGAUAAAGCCAAGUAUGAGUCCCAAGUUCAUGAAGUUGAUCCUACUGGCUAUGAUCCUUACGUUACGAUUCCACGAGCUGAAAUGCUGUGUGGAAGAGGAGAGGGUAGGUCUGUUACAAUUCAAGGAAUUUAUUGAAUCGGAAGGCUAUGAUGCGGACCAUCUCUUCCCUUCAUGGAGCGGUGAUCCACUAAGCGACUGCUGUAGUUGGGAGAGAGUCACCUGCAACUCUUCCACUGGUCGUGUCAUCCAACUCUCCCUCAACAACACCAGGAAAUAUGCUAUGGAACAUAUACGGUAUAGUUACGACUCUAAUUGGUAUGUGAACCUCGCUUUGUUUCAGCCCUUUGUUCACCUCACAACUCUAGAUUUAUCCUUCAAUGCCAUUGGUGGAUGGAUAGAAAAUCAGGGAGGGUUUGGAAGCUAUUUAAGACUUAAAAAGCUUGAGACGUUGGAUCUUUCUCAGAACAAGUUAAAUAAGAGUAGUUUAAAACAACUGAGUGCACUUACUUCCCUUAAGAGUCUUAAUCUCAGUGGCAAUAACAUGGGAGGAGCAUUAUUUGAUAACUGGGAAGGAAGAUUCCAACGCCCACGAGAAACUAUUCCUGUCCAAGAAUUAUCCAUUUUCGAAAGCUUGGAAUAUUUGGAUUUAAGUUCAAACGCACUCCAAGGCAGCUCAUUGACAGCACAAAAUUCUAGAAAUCUGUCUAAGCUUAAGGAGCUGAAGUACCUAUAUCUGAGCUGGAAUGCCAUGAAUAAGGAUAGUAUGAAGUUCUUGGGCUCACUUCCGUCCCUUGUCUACCUCGACCUAUCGCUCAACACCUUGGAAGGUCCUCUUUCUGGCGUAGAAUUAGAGAAUCUAAAAAACUUGAAGGUGCUUAAUUUGUACUGGAAUUACCUCAAUGGAACUCUGCCAAUCCAAGAGUUGAUGGGGUUUAGUAGUUUGGAGAUAUUAGAUUUGAGCUACAAUAACUUGGAAGGUUCCAUCCCUCCAAAUAUAGGGAACCUAUCCUCCCUUAAGGCAUUUUCCGUUGCUCGGAAUUCACUCGCUGCUUCUUUGCCCUCAGAUUUGUGCCAACUGAAGAGACUACAAGAGUUGGAUCUUAGCCAAAACUACUUUGAAGGAAUCCUUCCCCCUUGUCUAUCCAAUUUAACGUUUAUUGAGUUGUUGGAUGUCUCACAUAACAAUUUUAGUGGAACCCUCUCAGCGUCUUUGAUACACAGCCUAACAUCUUCUUGGUAUCUUGAUUUUAGUUACAACCAUUUUGAGGGUUCAUUCUCACUAAGCUCCUUCAAAUCUCACUCCAAGCUUGAGGUACUCCAAUUCGCAAGCAACAAUGGUAAAUUGCAGAUUGAUACUGAGAAUCCUCCAGGGUGGUUUCCCUCGUUCCAAUUGAAGGUUUUGGCACUGUCCAACUGUAGUCUCAACAAUCAUACCUACAGCAUUCCUAAUUUUCUUCGCCACCAGUUCCACCUGCAGAUAGUUGAUCUUUCUUACAACAAGUUGCGUGCAAGUUUUCCUGGUUGGUUGCUUGUAAACAAUGCCGACCUUGAAAUUCUAAAACUAAGGAACAACUUUUUGUUCGGGGAGUUCCAGUUACCGCCAUUCGCUAUGACCAACGCAGUUAUGGUGGAUGUAUCAGGCAAUCAAAUUCACGGUCUUCCGGAGAAUAUCGGGAAAAUCCUUCCACACAUGGAGUAUCUAGAUUUAUCAAGAAACGCUUUUGAGCAAGAUCUGCUACCCUCCAUUGGUGACAUGAAAAAUUUGCAAGUACUGGAUUUAUCUUACAAUAAUUUCUCUGGAGAAAUCCCCAAAGAACUGAUUGUCGGCUGCAAUGAUUUGCGCGUUCUAAUGUUAUCCGGUAACAAACUUCAUGGACAGAUUUUUCCGAUGCUCUACAACUUGACUCAGUUACGUGUGUUGCAAUUAAGGAACAAUUACUUCAGUGGGAAUCUGUCAAAUGUGAAAGCAAAAGGAAGGGUACUUGGCAACCUGGCGCUAUUGGACAUUGGUUACAACUUUAUGACAGGGAAUAUUGGUAGCUGGAUAGGUAAUGUGACGUAUCUGGAUAUACUUGUGAUGCGGAGCAAUUAUUUGGAGGGUCAGUUCCAAUGUGAAGGCAUUUCGCGUUCUGUGUAUUAUUUAGACCUUUCUCAUAAUCUCCUUUCUGCUCCACUCCCCUCAUGCCCUCGUUUACAGCACUUACACUUACAGGGGAACAGAUAUAGUGGAUCAAUAUCAGAAGCUUUUCUCAACACUUCACAGCUUUUGGUAUUAAACCUCCGGGAUAACAAUCUUUCAGGGAGCAUCCCUGGUAUUAUUGGCUUGUUGACUAGCUUGAAAGUUCUUUUAUUGAGUCAAAAUCUUCUAAGUGGUUUGAUUCCAGAAGAACUAUGUGAAUUGAAACAAAUAAGCAUGAUGGAUCUCUCCCUCAACUCCUUCUCUGGGUCAAUUCCCCGCUGUUUCCAGGGUAUCAGGUUCGGAAAGAUUGAGCCUCGCUAUUUGGAUUUGGACAUUUCACAUGAAAAGGUUUCUAAUGAAUGGGAUUACACUACAUAUUUUAGAUAUGGAACUUUGAAGAAGGAUUAUGUGCUUCACAGCACUACCGAACAAUCUGUCACAAAUGUGGAAGUUGACUUCUUGACAAAACAUAGAUCCAACACCUAUAAAGGUGGCAUUCUUAAUUUCAUGUCGGGAUUAGAUUUGUCAUGUAACAAACUAUCCAGUAGGAUCCCGUACGAGCUUGGAAAUCUAGCUUGGAUUCACGCACUAAACUUAUCCUACAAUCACUUGACGGGACCAAUCCCGGAAUCUUUCUCAAAUCUCACCCAAAUUGAAAGCUUAGACCUUUCACACAAUAUGUUGAGUGGAGAACUCCCUUCAUUACUGAUCAAUCUCUAUUUCCUCGAAGUGUUCAGUGUGGCAUACAACAACUUAUCAGGUAGAAUUCCAGAUAUGAAAGCUCAGUUUGGGACAUUUGAUAGAAGCAGUUACGAAGGAAAUCAAUAUCUUUGUGGACAGCCCUUGAACGAGAACUGUAGCAUCGUGUCACCGCAUCCCCUGAUAAAAUUCGUAGAUCAAAGUAUGGCAACGGCUUCAUUGAUUAAGGAAGAUCCUCACAUAGCUGACACAGUUAAUAAAAUGGAAUCGUAUCGCGUAUUAAGGGGCCGGGUGAAUGGUUUAGGAUAUUCCUCGGAUGCACGACUGAUGCCAUACUUGGAGCUAGCUGGAUUCAGGUCAGCAGCAUUGAUCCGGACGUUUGAUUUGCGGUAUGAUUUAAUAUCUGCAUUGGUUGAGCGUUGGCGCUCGAGACCCACACUUUUCAUUUGCGUGUGGGGAGUGCAUCAUCACUCUGGAGGAUGUUGCAUCGCAACUUGGGCUCCCAAUCGACGGAGUCCCAGAAUGCGGGCUUGGGGCUCCGCAGUUCUGGCUAUGUUGUAUCGUGAGCUUUGUCGGACGACAAAGCCUCAUGCUACAGACAUAGGCGGAUGCCUUAUAUUGUUGCAGUCAUGGGCUCUUUAUCGAAUGCCAUUCUUGGCAUCGUAUAUCCCGGAUCCACCAAAGGAGGUGGGGAAGGUUCACGGCAUCAACAAGAAAGGGAAGCAUGGAAUGCAUUGGGGGGUUGUGCACUGGAGGUAUAUUGCGGUGUGGGAUAAUCGGAUUGGUCGAAGACCUCGGAUGGAUAUGUCUUCCGAUUUGCAACCAUCGCCAGAGUACAUGCAAUGGUACUUUAGUAUGGGAAAGCCAUAUUUACUUGGUGCCCAGUCGACUAUAGUCCCCAAAGACGGCAAUGACUGGGCAUACGAGCUGAUGGCGAUAUAG